CCGCGUUACUGUAAGCGGAUAUUGACGACAUUAGCCUGCGGUGCCAAUCUCAGUCUGGACCCAAAUCUCACGACCACCUCACCUCACAAGACAAGAAUCUCUCCUGUCUACUCUACUCACGCGUCAAGAACAAAAAAGUCACAUCUCUCUGUCACCAAUGCAGACCACAGACAUGGCCUAAAACACCACUGUUCACCAGCAAUCCCACUCUGAACUCCAGAUCCACCCCAAGGGUCCAGAAACAACCCGCGACCACCACCGCAUCCACCUCAACCACCCACCACCACAACCUCACAAUCCACACACCCUCACAAUGUCCUUCCCCGCCUUCGGCGCCUUCCUCCUCGCCCUCCUGGCAAUAAUUCUCAUCUCCGCCAUCGCCUGGAUCAUCUUCAUCCACCUCCGCGCGCGCCGUCUUGGCCUCCCCACCCCAACACUAACCUCCUACAACCCCUUCGCCUCGCGCUCCUCCUACACCCCGCAAGCGCGCACCGGCGGUCUAAUUGGGUGGAUCUCCGAUAAAUUCCGGAACAUCCGCGCGCGCCGCUCGCGCACCGCAGGGGGCGCAUACGAGGAGCCUCUUGGUGCUUACGGCGGCGGCGGCGGCGCUGGGGGAGGCGGAGCGAGAAGCGGGUUUGGGGCCUUAGAUCCGGAUGAGGCGUGGGAUGCGAGGGUGGGGAAUGAGGCGGAUUAUUAUAGGGAGGAGCAGGAGGUGGGGUUGCAUGCUGAGACGGGGUAUGGUGGUGCUGGGGGAGAGGAGAGGGGAAGGACGAGGGGGAGGAGGGGAGACGAGGGGCCGUAUGGAGGGGAGCAGGGGGAGUUGGAUAGGAGGUAUGAGGAGGAGAUGGCGGGGCAGCAGACGGGGGUGACGAAGAAGAGUGAGAGUCGGAAUCCGUUUGAUGAUAGUGCGGCGGUGGGGACGAGUUUGAGAGGCGUUAGUCCGAGGCCGGAUAAGAGCGGGGAGAAUGAAGGGUUGGGGGGGGAUCCGGACAGUCCGACGGGGAAGAGGAGUUCGUUUAGGGAGGUGAUGUAGGAUUUUUACGGUGGAUUGGGGGGGCUUCAUUGCUUGGCGUUGGUUUGGUGUGGAACUAUGGGCAAAACGGGGUAUGGCUGGAUGGGAAAGGCUAUGGUUUUAUUCUGAUUGAUGGGGAGCAGUGGUCUUUAGGUGAUGAUAAAUAGCGGAGUCAAGGUGCUGGUAAUGGACUUCUGGCUUGGCUAUGGCUUUAUGAUGUCUCUUUUCUAGCAUCUACUCAUUGCCGCGGAGUGGGACAGUAGUGUCUUCUACUUCCCAAUCAAACAUUAUCACAUUACACAUAGGCACAUCACAAUCCACAAACAUCAAUCAAAGUAUUCAAU